AUGUCCCCGGAACACAAAAACAUCCCAGAAGUACCAUGGCUUGUGAACAUCUAUGGCAAUGGCAAGAGAUGCCAAGGAGUUAUCCUGAGCAGUUGGUGGGUCUUGACAGCAGCCAACUGCUUCCUGCUGAUGAAUCCGAGCCAAGUAGAGUUGACUGGAUCUCACAGGCGUUUCUCCACCAAGACAGUGAGCCAAUUUCUGCUACAUCGGGGCUUCAGUUCCUGGAAUACAGCACCCAAUAAUGACCUGGGACUCAUCUUGCUUGGUCAGCCAGUUGAUUUAAGAAGGCAAGACAUGUGGCCAGCUUGUAUUCCCAAAGAACAAAAACCAUAUGACAAAACGGAGCAAUGUAGGAUUUUUGAACGAGGUGAUAAUGGAACCAUGAAAUUGUUGUUAAAGAUGACCACUGUGGAGGGUCUGAGUGCCUCAGAGUGUUCUAAGCACUGGCCUGGAUCUACAGAUGAACGGAACUUGUGCGUUGCAAGAAUAAAGCCUCCUAAGCACGCAGAUUGCAGGGUGCCUGUAGGUAGUUCAGUGAUCUGCAAUGACCCAGCUACAUCAAAAUGGGAAGUAAUGGGCAUUUUGGAAAAUCUACUGGAAUUUGGCCGCUUUGUAGGCCAAGCUUGUCUUUCAGAUAAGACAGAUAUGAUUGUUGACUUUGAGGCUGGACUGUGCAGCAGAUUAAUUCUAAUUCCCUGUUUGAUUCCAUUAAUAUAA